GAGUAGAAACCACUUGGAAUAUUAUGCAGGCUGCCAUCAAAUUCUGCCUUCAGUUGGACCCAGUGCUAUAGUGACAUUGUCAACGUUUUGAGAGUCGCCAUUAUGCUAUCAUGUCUGACGGUGUAGGCUAACAAAAGUAGGCAGCAAUCAAGAUUACACGAACAAAAGAAGCAGCUAAAAACUCACAAAGUUCCUUGAAGAAAUUACAAUACUUGAACAAGCCAGAUGCAACCCUUUACGAAGAAGAGCAACAAGGAGCCAAGUUGACCUAUGAGAGAGGUUGGAAAGACAAGACUGGCAGCAAGGCACAGAAGCUAAACAGAAUCUACCCCCAUCUGAAAAGUUUUGAACACUUCAGUAGCUUACGAAAUGACCCAGAGUGGAGGAAAAUAUGAUUUCUAUAUUGGUCUCGUGUUGGCUAUGAGCUCCAGCAUUUUCAUUGGAGGGAGUUUCAUCCUAAAAAAGAAGGGUCUCCUCCGGCUGGCCAGGAAGGGCUCCAUGAGAGCAGGUCAAGGCGGUCAUGCAUAUCUUAAAGAGUGGCUGUGGUGGGCUGGACUUCUGUCAAUGGGAGCUGGUGAAGUAGCUAACUUUGCUGCUUAUGCAUUUGCACCAGCUACAUUAGUGACUCCAUUGGGAGCUCUCAGUGUUCUUGUAAGUGCCAUUCUUUCAUCCUAUUUUUUAAAUGAAAAACUUAAUCUGCAUGGAAAAAUUGGAUGUUUGUUAAGUAUAUUGGGGUCAACCGUGAUGGUCAUUCAUGCUCCACAAGAAGAGGAAGUAGAAACUUUGAGUGAAAUGUCUCACAAGCUAGGAGAUCCAGGUUUUGUGGUUUUUGCAACAGUUGUCGUCAUUGUGUCCUUAAUACUGAUAUUCGUGGUAGGACCUCGCCAUGGACAGACCAACAUUCUUGUGUACAUAACAAUCUGCUCUGUAAUUGGAGCAUUGUCAGUCUCCUGCGUGAAAGGCUUGGGCAUCACUAUCAAGGAACUUAUUGCAGGAAAACCUGUGCUAAAACAUUCUUUGUCCUGGAUUCUGCUGCUAAGUCUUAUAAUCUGUGUGAGCACACAGAUCAACUAUUUAAACAGAGCUCUGGAUAUAUUCAACACCUCCAUAGUGACUCCAAUAUAUUAUGUAUUCUUUACAACAUCUGUUUUAACUUGUUCUGCUAUUCUUUUCAAGGAGUGGCAACACAUGUCUGCUGCUGACAUUAUUGGCACCUUCAGUGGUUUUCUCACGAUCAUUGUGGGGAUCUUUUUAUUGCAUGCCUUUAAAGAUGUAAAUUUCACUCUAGCAAAUCUGCCUGUCUCCUUGCGGAAAGAUGACCGAGCAAUCAAUGGCACUCUGCCAACCACAUAUGAAUGCUUUAAUCAUGAUGAAGAAAGCUCAACCUGUGUAGGUGAAAUACAAUCCAGUGAGAAUGUCCCAUCCAGGAGAAAUGGAAGUCUGGCAGCAUUCUGAAAAUGUGUUAAGAAAAGAACAAUUUUGUAACUUUUUUUUUUUUUUUUUUUUGCUGUAAAAUGUCUGAGUUUGAGUUUGGAAGCAGAUGAUGUACUUGAACAAUAUGUACAGACAAUCGUAAAUUUUUAGGUUUGAUUAGUUUGGGCCAAGAAUAGUGAUGGAGUUUUAAUUUGCCUUAUUUUUACUUUAAAAAGACGCACUGCAAUGACCUCAGUACAUGGUUUGUUUUUGU